ACUCGCCAGGCACAGUGAGCUCUGGGGCAGCACUGGGGUUAUUUUUAAAGCUCCGCUUCCUUCUAGGCUUGCCCCUCCCGCAGAUUAUUCCUUCUAAUCUCUCCCCCUGCCCCUUUGUCUUGCCCCUGGCUCCCUCAUAGCCUUCAGUUCCCCUUCCCCCAUCAGAUCUCCCUGACCUGGUUCUCUAGGGGCAGGGUGGUCAGGAGCAGCCCAACUCAGGAGAGAAAAGCCCAAAGAGUGGCUGCUCACUGUGCCCCGGGUUAUGACGACCCCUAAUAAAGGAAGCAAGGCCUUGAAGGUGAAGCGGGAGCCAGGUGAGAAUGGCACCAGCCUGACGGAUGAGGAGCUGGUGACCAUGUCGGUUCGUGAGCUGAACCAGCACCUGCGGGGCCUGUCCAAGGAGGAGAUCAUUCAGCUGAAGCAGCGCCGUCGCACACUCAAGAACCGGGGCUAUGCGGCCAGCUGCCGCGUGAAGCGGGUAACACAGAAGGAGGAGCUGGAGAAGCAGAAAGCCGAGCUGCAGCAGGAGGUAGAGAAGCUGGCCUCUGAGAAUGCCAGCAUGAAGCUGGAGCUCGACGCCCUGCGCUCCAAGUAUGAGGCCCUGCAGAACUUCGCCAGGACCGUGGCUCGCAGCCCUGUGGCCCCAGCUCGGGGCCCCCUUGCCGCCGGCCUGGGGCCCCUGGUCCCUGGCAAGGUGGCCGCCACCAGUGUCAUCACAAUAGUAAAGUCCAAGACGGACGCCCGGUCAUAGGGACAUGUGGGAUUGCCGGGCAGGUCUUCGAGGGGCCACUAGGCGCAUGGCGAAGUCAGCAGCCCUGUCCCACUUCCUCCUCCUUUUCCCUCUCCUUCCUCUUCCCCUUCUCCCUUCUUUUCCCUUCCCUGCAAAGCACAACCUGUUCCCCAGGGGCACUGGGCUGAGCCCCUUUGAUCUCA